GGCAAAGAGUAUGACAUGGACAACUCCCACCCAACUAGCAAAAUAUCAAAGGAUGAUCCGAAAUAGUUGGACAAGAAAUCAAUGAAAAUUUUAUAGAUGAGAUUUCUACAAGAAAAAAAGGAAGAAAAAUCUACAAAGUGGUGAGGGGUUCCAAAGAGAACCUUAUCCUCAUCAUUCCUCUUCGUAUAAAUAGCAAACUCCAUCCAUCUCAUGCUCACCAGAGGAAGCAAAACCACCUCCAAAGAUGCAGGCAGCAGCAGCAGUAUGUUUCAUGAGCCCUUUGCCCGUUAGAAGCCCAAAGAAGGCAUCCUUGCCGACCUCAUCCAAUCCACACUCAUCGCUCCUCAAACCCAGAGCUGUCGCCGUCACCUCAUCGGAAACCUCCACCAUCGACUACAGCUCCUCCCUCUCCGUGUUUCCCAUGGAGGCGUGUGAGAUACUCGGUGGCGAGGCAUGCAACGCCAGGAUGUUCCCGGAAGCGAAGCUCGCGGCAGCGGCCGGCAGCGGUGGCAGACCGGCCUCCGAGGAGAUCGACAGAGACUACCUCGAGUACAACGAUCCCAAAACUGUGUUCCCUGGUGAGGCGUGCGACGAUCUCGGCGGCGAGUUCUGCCAAGCCGAGUACCAGAAUGGCGUCUUCUGACACGGGAUUACGCAUGCCUGGAGUUGGCUUCCUGUAGACGAUGAAUGAUAGAAAGUUGCAGGUAGGUUGUCGGUCAUAAGACAGCGUAUAGUGCACUGUGUAUAUCUUUGUUCUAAGGAUAUAAGGAAUGGAAGCUAAACUUUGUUACCUAUA